GUAAAUUUGUUUUCCAUGGCUGGAAAUAACCUGAGAAUUGUUGUGGAAAAAAAUCCUUCGGAGUCUAAGCUCUCAGAGCUUAACAUCAAGUGUUGGCCCAAAUGGGGUUGCUCACCUGGGAAGUACCAGUUGAAGUUCGAUGCAGAGGAGACUUGUUUUUUGCUGAAAGGGAAAGUGAAGGCAUACCCCAAAGGUUCAUCGGAGUUUGUGGAGUUCGGUGCCGGAGAUCUUGUUGUUAUCCCCAAAGGUCUCAGUUGCACAUGGGAUGUCUCCGUUGCCGUUGAUAAACACUACAAAUUCGAGUCUUCUUCGCCACCUCCACCUCCUCCUUCUUCUUCAUCCUCUCAGUAAAUCAACCUUUUGUCUUCGCUCGUCACUGAUCUCUUAUUUCCACUCAUUCU